UAUUACAGCUCUGCUAUUUUCCAGAUGAGAUCCGUAUUCUCCGAGCUGAUCGACACUCUGCAGUGAAGGGGAAACUACAACGGCUCAAUCCAUUUCUGGACAAGGACGGGAUGUUGCGAGUCGGAGGCCGUCUCACUCACUCAACACUGCCUUUCACUCAGAAACACCCAAUCAUUCUGCCAAAGUCUUCCGUAUAAUCUUCGAUUACACUUAUAAUCGAGCAUGAGCACCUCCUAAACCUCCACUCCGGAACUCAAGCUACUUUAUAUGCCUUGAGAAAAUCCUAUUGGCCUAUCGACGGCCAUAGUCAAGUUUGGAGCACGCUGAAGAAGUGCGUCCGUUGCUGCAAAGCCAAUCCACCUCCAGUGAAUUAUGUCAUGGGCGAUCUCCCAGCCGCACGAAUAACAGAAUCUCGGCCGUUUACCAACGUCGGAGUCGACUACUGCGGACCCUUUCACAUCAAAGAACGAAAGGACCGCAACCGACGUAAGGUCAAGGUAUAUGUAGCAAUCUUCAUAUGUCUUGCAGUUAAAGCAGUCCACAUCGAGCUGGUCAGCGACCUCACUAGCGAGGCCUUGCUGCUCUGCGAAGAUUCAUUGCUCGCCGAGGAUUCUGCCUAACGAUUUAUUCAGACAACGGUACCAAUUUCGUUGGCGCCAACAACGAACUACGAGAGCUCCGAAACCUCCUGCAGUCCGACGAUCACAAGGUAAAGGUUCAGUCCUUUUUAGCCGACCGACGGAUCGAAUGGCGCUUCAUUCCGCACAACUCACCCCACUUUGGCGGGUUAUGGGAGGCUGCAGUGAAAUCUUUCAAACGACACCUCAGACGUGUCGCAGGUAACGAGCUCCUUACCUUUGAAAACAUGAACACACUUAUCAUUGAGAUCGAGGCUAUCCUCAAUUCCCGUCCGCUUACUCCAAUAUCCACAGAUCCAAACGAUCUCCUUGUCCUUACUCCCGGUCACUUCCUCAUCGGAGACGCAUUAACUAGCAUUCGAGAACGAGAUUUCAGGGAUACUCCAUCCAAUCGUCUUUCAAGCUGGCAACACCUCCAGAAAAUCAAACAGCACUUCUGGCGCCGUUGGCAUCGACAAUAUCUCAACGAGCUAAACAUUCGGAACAAAUGGAGCAAGGGGAGUCACGGCAUACGAGAAGGCACCAUCGUCAUACUCAGAGAAGACAACGUCCCCCCAAUGCAGUGGCCAUUGGGCAGAGUCAUCAAGGUACAACCCGGCGCAGACGGCAUCAUACGGACGGCCACCGUCCGAACGGCGACGAGCACACUGGAUCGGAGCAUCAAGCGGAUGGUACCACUACCAAGCAGAUCGACAUCAGAGGACACAGACGCCAUCAUCAACAGCGAGGAAUUUUGAAGAGAUCCAUCUCACAGCAUCACAACACAGCAUUUGAUCGGUACCCUCUCAACGGGGGGAGGAUGUUACGUCGCGUAGGACAUCUGCGCGCCAUCCCUCGCUACCUGGCAGCCAACGGUCAACCUACAGCCAUCCCGAUUCUCAAUAGACGCAAUGACCCACCAUAAAGACAUUAACCUUUAGCUGCAUU